AACAGCAUUGUGGGAAGAUGGCGGCCUCCAUGGAAUCUGAAAUGUUGACGUCUGCACUGUUUAUAUUGAACUUAUUUUCUAUAGUGCCGUGUGUUGUGAUGAAAAUACCGCAAGUAUGGACACUAUACACCUUGAAGACUGCACGGGGAAUCAGUUUUACGAGUAUUUUUCUGGAACUUUUUAGCCAUACAGUAUUUAUGAUGUAUAUGUUUGUGCUUGCCAAACCGCUAAUGCAGUAUGCUGAGUAUAUAUUUCUUGUAACACAGGAAUGGGUGGUGAUUUUACUGAUUCUAAACUACUCCGAUCAACUAGACAUAAGAGUCAUAGCACUCGCCUCGCUAUACUUCUUAUCAACGACAAUCAUUGGAGGUGACCUGACCCCAAGAUGGUUCCCAACAUUCCUCCUGGCAUUGUCUACACCUAUUUCUGUGUGCAGCGCCAUGUUUCAGAUUGUGGCUAUUUGCCAAAGUAAGGACUCCGGAUCGGUCAGCUUCUUGUCAUGGUUUAUUGCUUGGGCAACUGGAUUUGCUCGCAUUCUCACAUCCUUCUUGACUGGUGAAUUUGUGGUUUUGGCAAGCUAUGUCCCUACCAACAUUCUGCGUGUGAUUGGUUGUGCAACUAUUCUUUACUACCGACCAUCGCCAAAGAAAUUCAGAUAAAAUAUCAGUCACACAUCCUAGGCACUCUGAGGAUUAGAGUUGGAUUUAGAAUUGAGGGAUACUGUUUUAUUAACUGGUAUUUCUAUAAUAAUUAUUUGCACUGAACAAGCAUUUUGUGAAGUUAUUGAUUUGUUUUAAACAACAAUCUUUUGUUUGCUAAGUCUUUUACGUUAUCUUGCCAGAAAUCUAUUAUUGUAAUUUUGUGAGAAAGUACAUUGCUUUCAUCACAUCUUAAUGUUUUAAUUUAUGUGAGAAAUCAUGCAAUAUUUCAGCUGAUCAUCCAUACCCAUUUCGUCUGGUUUCUUCAUUUUUAGUGCAAUUGGAAAACAACAGAAAAACUGUAUUUAAAUGGUUUGUGUCUUAGGCCGUUUCCUCACUUUAAUAAUAAUGAACCAUUUUUGUAGAGCGCAUAUCACAAUCACAGAGAAGUCCCUAUGUGCUUUGAGAA